AUGGCCGAGGAUGAAUCUACAAUUGAUUUGGAAGAAAUAUUUCGAAUAAUGUUUUCCAACGGUCCUGACACAGAUCCUCCGACAGGUUCAACAGAUUCAGCAGGUUUAACAGAUUCAGCAGGUUUAACAGAUUCAGCAGGUUCAACAGAUUCAGCAGGUUCAACAUAUUCAGCAGGUUCAACAGAUUCAGGAGGUUCAACAGAUUCCGCAGCUUCAACAGAUACAGCAGGUUCAAUAGAUUUGGCAGGUUCAACAGAUUCAGCAGGUACAGCAGAUUCUGCAGGUUUAACAGGUUCCGCAGGUUCAACAGAUUCAGCAGGUUCAACAGAUUCAGCAGGUUCAACAGAUUCAGAAUCAGAUGCAACUGUCUUUGCUGAUUCGGAUUAUUCAACAGAUUCUUCUGCUUCAACAGAUAUAUCCGAUUCAACAGGUUCAUUCAACAAAUUCAGCAGGUUCAACAGAUUCAACAGGUUCAACAGAUUCAGCAGGUUCAACAGAUUCAGCAGGUUCAACAGAUUCACAGUAUCAGCAGGUUCAACAGAUUCAGCAGGUUCAACAGAUUCAGCAGGUUCAACAGAUUCAGCAGGUUCAACAGAUUCAGCAGGUUCAACAGAUUCAGCAGGUUCAACAGAUUCAGCAGGUUCAACAGAUUCAGCAGGUUCAACAGUAUCAGCAGGUUCAACAGAUUCAGCAGGUUCAACAGAUUCAGCAGGUUCAUCUGAUUCAUCAGGUUUAACAGAUUCAGCAGGUUCAACAGAUUCAGCAGGUUCAACAGAUUCAACAGGUUCAUCUGAUUCAUCAGGUUUAACAGAUUCAGCAGGUUCAUCUGAUUCAACAGAUUCUGGUGGUUCGGUGAAUUCAGGGGAUUUGUCAACGGUUUCCACAACUAACCCAGCUGAAGAGGAAACCAACCCAACCACAGAAAAUAUAAUGAUAUUAGUUCCAACAACGUUCAGUAAAGUUGGUCCUUUUGGGGUUCAGAUAACUGAUAACAAAGUGGGACUAUGUGAUUGCAGAUCUGAACUGCCAGAACAGCUGAAGGUUAAACUGAUGAUAGAUAUGCUCUGGAUCCCGUUAUACGGAGAUCAAAGGACAGAUCAGUUUGCCGAAUUGAAAAGAAGUGUUGAGAAGGAACUCAAACAACUCUUUAACUGGACGGAUAUACCGAUAUUACGGAAGAUAAACUCUGAAUCUUCAAAGUUGGAUGAAGGGUUGAAUGUAGAGGAGUUCUAUCCCUACUAUGGAUACACUGCACUCAGUCUGAACUUGAACCUAUCCGAGUCAAACUCUAACAAUAAACUUGCAACAGAGUCGGCAAUAGUGGAGAUACUAGAAAACUAUAUCAAUAACAAGACCGACAAGGUUGAGUUAUACUCCGGGUUCUCUAAACAUCUGUAUGAACCCUAUCCUAUAUCCGUGGAAAGAAUCCAACCAGAGAAAUAUGUUGGUCAACUUACUACAGCAUCACCCUUGGAGGAGGAUGAACUUGGUGAUCUAAGGUUCCUGUUCCUUCCAAUAGGGAUCGUAAUUCUCCUCAUAGGAGUGUUCCUGUUCCUGAAGUCCUGCUACUGUAGACAAUGGAUUUAAAUCAGUAUUUUUCAGAAGAAAAUAAUUUUUUGAUUGGGUUUAAAAUAUAAAACGUUAUCAUGCUACUAUAAAUCAAAACUCUUGUACUCUUAGGUUUAAGGAAAUAAAAUAGAAUAUUUGUAACUAAA